AUGAAUUGUCAAAUAAAAGGGUCCAUAGCUGAUGACGGAUGGGGAAAACUUUGCAGCCUGCAAGCUUUAGAUCUAUCUUAUAAUAUAAUUAGUGGUGAAAUUUUCGAGUUUCUGGGCAGUUUGUCUGAAUGUAGCAAUGGUUCAGUUCCAUCUGAUAUUGGUAACUUGUCAUUUUUGGAGAGGUUGAACCUACCUGCCAAUGCAAUGGAUGGGAUAAUCCCUGAUAGCAUUGGACAUCUACCAAAUUUAAUCUCCCUGGAUCUGACACAAAAUUCUUGGAAAGGUGUCUUGUCUGAAACUCAUUUCUUGGGUCAAAAGAAGCUGGAGAGUUUUAGUAUAUCAUCUCUAAGAAUGUUUCUGUCUAUCAAUAUUAGCCAUGAUUGGAUUCCUUCUUUUAAUCUUAAGGAAAUCCAAAUCACUGAUUGUGAUUUGCAAUCCAUGUUCCCCGCGUGGCUUAAACCUCAAAAAAGUCUUUACUUUCUGAUAUUUAAGAAUACAGCAAUUUCUGGAAAUAUAUCUGAUUGGAUUUGGCAAUUGUCUCCACAACUUACUUCCUUGGAUCUUUCAGAUCUGCAAGAAAUUGAGCAUCCUUUAUCUUGGAGAAAUAAAUUCACUGACAGCAUAUCAGAAUGGAUUGGGGAGAGCAUGCCAACACUGGAAGGUUUAGGCCUAAGAGGCAACAUGUUUACUGGAAACAUUUCUGAACGCCUUUGUAGCCUUGUUGAUCUCCAUAUCUUGGAUCUUGCAGAAAAUAAUCCUUCUGGAUUUAUCCUUUCAUAUUUUGGCUAUUUUUCAAAAUUGAAAUCUCCUCCUAUUUAUUUUCCUCAAGUUCUAUACUCCCUUGUAUUGUAUGAGGAAAAGAUGGACUUGGUUAUGAAGGGAAGACAAGUUGAGCAAAUCCGCAUACUUGGCAUUGUAAAUGUCAUAAACCUGUCAAGAAAUAAUUUCAUGGAAGAAAUUCCUGAAGAGAUAAGUAAUCUUGCAUACCUUGGUUCCUUGAAUUCAUCUUGGAACCAAUUGACUGGAAAGAUUCCAGAGAAGCUUAAAGACCUGAAACUAUUAGAAACACUUGAUCUUUCUUCCAACCACCUUUCAGGUCCUAUACCCCCUAGCAUGACUUCCAUGACUUUGUUGAACUACCUGAACCUGUCGCACAAUGACCUGUCAGGACCAAUCCCAACAGCCAAUCAGUUCCAAACCUACAAUGAUCCUUCCAUUUAUGGGGGAACUCUCAACUUUGUGGAUCUCCAUUACCAACAAAGUGUUCAACCUCCAACGAUGAGGACCAUCCAAGAGUUAAGGAUGAUGAAGGUGGCGACGAAGAUUGGAUUGAAAUGCGAUGGAUUUAUAUUGCAAUGGCACCAGAAUUUGUUGUUGGGUUUUGGAUUGUUUGUGGAACUUUGA